AUGCUAUAUAACACCAACACCUACUCAGUCUCUGUGUCUCCGAGUGAGAAAGAGAAAAACAAAUCAGUGACCGAUUUUAGGCACGAAAAAGAAAGAAAAAUGAGUUUCCGUUCUUCCAUGAACGCCGUUCCCCUUCUUCUCUUCGUCCUUUUCGUUUCCGCAUUAGUUUGUGCGAAGAAGACGGCUGAUGUGACGGAGUUGCAGAUUGGCGUGAAGCAUAAACCAGCAUCAUGUGAAGUUCAGGCACACAAAGGCGAUAGAGUCAAAGUACACUACCGGGGAAAACUCACUGAUGGAACUGUUUUCGAUUCUAGCUUUGAAAGAAAUAAUCCCAUUGAAUUUGAGCUUGGUAGUGGUCAAGUGAUCAAAGGGUGGGACCAGGGAUUAUUGGGAAUGUGUCUUGGGGAGAAGAGGAAGCUGAAAAUACCAUCAAAACUGGGCUAUGGAGAUCAGGGUUCCCCACCAACUAUUCCAGGUGGUGCAACACUGGUAUUUGACACUGAGCUUGUGGGAGUGAACGGCAAAAGUUUAGGCGAAGAAAAGCAAGGCUCCGAACUGUAG